AUGCCAUAUAGGACGUUUCCCCCGUCUAAUCCGUCAAAUUCCUCAAGAAAACGUGUCAAUGUAACCUUCCGAUCUAAUCCCUCUCCAAUUGUGGAAAGCGGUAAACCGUCUUCACGACGCAGUAGCACGGUUUCAAAUCCCUCAUCAACUUCUUCGGGGAGCAGAACUAAUUCGGCUCCUAAGUCAAGUGCGUCAGCCCAUAUUAUCGCACCAAAAUUUAAAAGAGUGGAAUAUGCCAGUUCUCUAUGGCGUCUUUCUGAAUCUGCAGAUAGUUACGUGAGUCUGCACGCACUCCAAAAUAUUCAGCUGUUGUACCUCUUUCUCUGUUGUCUCCUCCUUGCCCAAUUUUAUGAUUAUCGAUUGGUCAGCCUUAGGAUUGCUCUUCUACCUACAACUUCUUCCUUCUCUUUAUUAAUCCCUCAUGUUGGAUUUCAGCAGCGGGGCACUCAGCGCAAGACCAACACCAAUCAACGUGGCCCAAGGCCCGGUUCGAGCCAGUCACAAACGAAAACGACUCCCUCACCCCCACCACUUUCAACCAGUGAAAACUCUGACCUGGAUCCCUACGCUUUUGUAGAAGAUGAAGAGGUAACAAGGAAGGAGGAAGAGAAAGAAGAAUCAGCUCCCAAACUCUCAGAAUUUGCCUUCACAGAGGAGGAGGAAGAGGAUGACGGAAUUAAGCCCUGGUUCUGGACGCCAGCUAGGGAGGUUCCUAAGCAAACUCAGCCAGCUCCACAGAUGGCGCAACCUCAGAAAUCUAUUUCCUCACCCAACCUCAGGAGCGGUGAAUUUAAGACGAAUGGUACCACAGCAAUCCAGGUCGAAAAUGAUGCUGAAAAUGUAUUAACAGACAAAUCCAAACAUGACACUCAAGUACAGAACAGUCUCCAACAGGCUUUGAGUGAGCUAGACUACCUCACAAGUGGAAUGAAUGAUGCUAAUUCUGUUGAUGCUCGGUGUCAUAAAAUUCUUACCCUGGCCCAAAAAUGUCUCUCCCCGGCUAAACGCGAUCUUAUUCACGCAUACAAACUUCUCAGUGGCAUUUGUACCAAACUUCAAGACGCUCCAAAUAAUUAUUGUUUGGGGCUUGCCACAUCGGGUCUUUUCUUUAUUAUCUCCCGGGACCGUGACCCGGAAUUCCUCACUCCAGAUUCCCUCGGUCUUCUCCUCAGACUCCUCCAUGCACCCAACUCAAUGACUGACAAUUCAGCUGCAUCAGCCACCUCUAACUCAGACUCUAAGUACACCGUUGGUGCUGCUUCUCGACAGUCGCGGCUUAAUAAAGAGGCUGCCAACAUGCGCUCGCGCGUACAGGAACUCCUCGAGUCCGUGGCUGUCCUGCAACAAAAACGGCGCAAUCGCAACACCUCCCCCGCCAAAAGUAGCAACGCUGAGCCACCACCACCAGCUGCCCUCACCUCCGGAAUGGCUGCCCUCUUCGCUCCUCGAAAAGCACCCUCUAGUGUUGCCUCCCUCUUUUCUGGCGGCAUUUCUAACUCCGCUGCUUCAGCACUUGUCACCAGGCAUUUGAGAAUGAAUCGACAGUUGACGGCUCGCGACCUUGUGCUAGAGGCGAUUCUCAAUCUUGCGACACGUAGAGCUGCACCAUGGUUCAGGACGGGUAUGCGAACAGGUGGUGGAUUGGAUGGAAUAGCGGAUGCGACAAUUGAUGCUAUGGAUUACCUCAAAGAUCUCUGUAUAUUCGACAGUGGCGGUAGAGGCAGAUCUUUCAAUAGUUUUGCUAAUGUUAAAAAUCCCACCGCGUUGGAUGAUUUCUCGCUAGAUAAUCUCAAGAAGGUCGGGCAUUAUACCAGAGCGCUGGAAAAUAUGACCUACAAGGACACAGACAAUCAAACUCAUCUAGUGCGAUAUCGUGAUCGUAUUCUCAUUGAUCGAUUGGUUCAGUGUAUGCGUCUCUGCGCCUCCCGUCUUCCGCGCAACCCCCCGCCCUCCAUAUCGUGGAUGGAGCUCUUGAAAAAGAUCGCCAAGGAAGAGGAAGAAGCUUUCACCGAUCACCAAACCAACCAGCAACCUCCAACGUCGUCUACCAACGAAGGCAUCAGCAGUGAUGGUGAUGCUGAAGACAAGACGUCGAAAGAUAACUCCGCUGCAGCAUCGGUAGAAUUUCAACAAGAUCAGCAAAUCCUUCUCAACUGCCUGAUCAGCAUCUUUCGGUUGCUAGUUAAUUUAUCUCAGAGUGAAUAUGCCGCUGAUCGUUUAGGUGGCUGCCCCGAUUUCCUUGAAUCCACCCUUGACUGUCUGUUCCACCUUCCCCACUCCCUGCCCACAUCACGUCGUCUUGAUCUCAUCGUCCUCGUCCUCUGUCUUCUGGCAAAUAUCUGUGAACAUUGUCCGGACAAUCGCAUUCGAAUUGUCCACUUGGAGAUCAAGAGCCCUGAGAGUUCAACUGGCGGUGAUUCCAAUGUCUGUACUAGUGCAAAUCUCAACAUGAGUCUUAACGACGUGGGCUAUGAAGAUGAUGAUGAAGGCGAACGUAAUGGGUCGCCAAGAUUUUCACUAUCCUCUCGAGUUCCGACAGUCUCGGCACUGGAUGAAGUAGUGAAAUUGUUCCUGUUUAGGGAGAAAAGUUCUCUCAUGCAUGAAUUUGAAAGGGUUGAGGGUAGAGAGGAGAAGACCGAGGAGGCAGAUUCAACAACGAAUAUGACUACCACGGCAAUGACGACGAGUGGUUUUCAAAGACCUAAACCACCGCCGUCGAUCCUUGCUGCUGCUGCAGACGAGGAACCUGAAACUUUUGAAGAGGCAGGCCUCAAAUGGCGACUGGUCGGGACGAAUAAACAUGAAAAGGGACUGGCACUGGGUGGUGCUGAUUCUCGAUCUCCUAGGACCAAGCGCCUACGAAUGCGCGCGAAACGAAGGAAGCGGAGACUAGCUCUGCUCAAACGAGCUGGCGGCGACAACGAUACCAAACGUCCAAGACUUGAAAGCGGAGAGUACUCCUCUGAAGAAGAGGAGGAAGAUGAGGAAGAGGAAAUUGAGGAGGAUGAAGAUGAAAUGUGCAGCGAUGAGGAUGAUGCUAGUGAAGGCAGCGAAAAUGAAGAUUUUGAUGAAGACGAUGAAAUGUGCGGUGGAGCUGACGUUGAAUUCGUCACAGAAACUCAAGAAGAGAAAGACAAGCUGGAAGAACGCAUGUCCUCCGCAAAUCAGCACAUGGAAGAUUCCGUUGUAGCUGCGUAUGCUGCUCUUGUCCUCGGUUGCAUCCUUCAAUCAAGUCCCCGUUAUGCCGAACGAAUACGUUCCCGCCUGCCCGAGCCGGGUAAAUUCCGUCCACUGGCCAUAAUGUUAGCCAAACUUGCCUCAUUCCUUUCCAUCACUCGUGGAGCCGAAGUGGAUGGUUACGGGUCCAUUAUGCGCAUCGUGCGCAUCCUGGAAGCCCAAGACCAGCCCCAACAACCUUCCACAUCGACAAAUAGCUCACCAACCAGAUCCUUACGUUCAAUUACCCCUCCUGUGACAAGGUCUGCGCGUUCUCGUUUUGAGAUUUAA